AUGAUCCAGUUCUUUGUGGAACACUUAUUUGGAUGUGCUGAGGUCUUUGCCCUGGUGGUCAUGUCCUAUGACCACUACACGGCCAUUUGUAAACCUCUGUACUGUAUGUCCACCAUGAAUCGGUGGGAUUGUGGACCUAUGGUGGGAUUGCCCUGGGAGGGAGGCUUUCUGCACUCAAUGGAACAACUUCUUUUUAUGUUUCGGUUGCCUUUAUAUGGCCCCAACGUCAUUGACCACUUUUUCUGUGAUACAUACCCUCUAUUGGAACUCGACUGCACUGAUACCUACUUCAUUGGCCUAUCAGUGCCUCGCAAUGGUGGGGCCAUCUGUGCGAUCAUCUUUCUCUUGCUACUCCUCUCCUAUGCAGUUAUCCUGCGCUCCCUGAAAUCCCUCACUUUAGAAAAGACACACAACCCUCCAGAGCUGCAGCUCCCACGUCACUGGGGUUCCCUGCUUUUUCAUGUACAUGAGGCCUGGGUGCACCGUCCUCCAAUUUCUUACGUACGGGCAUCUCACCACCUGUCAUUCCUGUUCCUGAAUUUGGUUUGCAAGUCACAGAACAGGUUUCUGAAAGCUUUAUUCCUGUCUGAGUUCUCAGAUGCUGCAAGGUGCCACUAG